UCCUUCAUUGGCUCUCUGGCCGGAAGCUGCGGCGCCGUCCCGCUGCGCAUGCGCGCCCCGCACGUGCUCCCAGAAGGUCGCCUCCAGCGCUGCGCCGGCUCGCACUAUGCCUGCGCUGUGGGCUCUGCGGCUGCUGGCGCGCUCCGGGGCAGGCCGCUGUUUCCGGGAGGCCCUCUGCUUUCGCCGCUAUGGUUCCUACUCUCCGUGCGCCGGCGUUGACGCUCCGGACUUGCGCGCCUACUUCACCACACCCAUUUUCUAUGUGAACGCCGCGCCACACAUCGGGCACCUGUACUCGGCGCUGCUCGCGGACGCCCUGUGCCGCCACCGUCGCCUGCGGGUUCCCGGCUCCGCCUCCACGCGCUUCUCUACCGGCACAGAUGAGCACGGCCUGAAGAUCCAGCAGGCGGCAGCCAGUGCUGGCCUGGCUCCGAUCGAGCUGUGCGAUCAGGUCUCCGCCCAGUUCCAGCAGCUUUUUCGUGAGGCUGGCAUCUCCUCCACCGACUUCAUCCGUACCACCGAGGCCCGGCACCGGCUGGCGGUGCAGCACUUCUGGGGGGUGCUGGAGGCCCGGGGUCUGCUCUACAAAGGACUCUAUGAAGGAUGGUAUUGCGCCUCCGACGAGUGCUUCCUGCCUGAGGGCAAGGUCGUUUGGCAGCUGGGUCCGACGGGGGAUUCGUGUCCUGUAUCUCUCGAGAGCGGGCAUCCAGUCUCCUGGACCAAGGAAGAAAACUACAUUUUCAGGCUUUCCCAGUUCCAAGAACCUCUCCAGCGCUGGCUGCGAAACCAUCCUCAGGCGAUCACCCCGGAGCCCUUCCGUCAGGCCGUCCUUCAGUGGCUGGAGGAGGAGUUGCCUGAUCUGUCGGUUUCUCGAAGGAGUAGCCACUUGCACUGGGGCAUUCCAGUUCCUGGGGACGAUUCACAGACCAUCUACGUAUGGCUGGAUGCCCUAGUCAACUACCUCACCAUAAUUGGCUACCCAGAUGCUGAGUUCAAAUCUUGGUGGCCAUCCACAUCUCAUAUCAUAGGUAAGGAUAUUCUCAAAUUUCAUGCUAUCUAUUGGCCUGCCCUUCUCUUAGGGGCAGGAUUGAGACCACCACAUCGCAUCUAUGUCCACUCUCACUGGACGGUGAGUGGCCAAAAGAUGUCCAAGAGUUUGGGCAACGUGGUGGAUCCCAGGACUUGCCUUGAUCGCUAUACUGUGGAUGGGUUCCGCUACUUUCUUCUUCGGCAGGGCGUUCCCAACUGGGACUGCGACUACUACGAUGAAAAGGUGGUUAAGUUGCUGGACUCUGAGCUGGCUGAUGCCUUAGGAGGCCUUUUAAACCGAUGCACUGCUAGCAGAAUAAAUCCUUCUGGGAUCUACCCUACCUUCUGCACUGCCUGCUUCCCCAGUGAGCCGGGGAUUACCAGGCCGUCGACUCGUGCACAGGCAGAAGACUAUGCACUUGUGAGCGCAGUGGCCACUUUGCCCAAGCAGGUAGAAGACUACUAUGAUAAUUUUCAGAUCUAUAAAGCUCUGGAGGCAGUGUCCAUCUGUGUUCGUCAAACUAAUGGUUUUGUUCAAAGGCAUGCACCAUGGAAAUUGAACUGGGAGAGCCCAGCAGAUGCUCCCUGGCUGGGUACCGUGCUUCAUGUGGCCUUGGAAUGUUUGCGAGUUUUUGGAACUUUGCUCCAGCCUGUUACUCCAAGCCUAGCAGAUAAGUUGUUGUCCAGGCUGGGAGUGUCAGCCACAGAGAGAAGCCUUGGAGAGCUCUACUUCCUGCCUCGAUUCUAUGGACAUCCAAGCCCCUUUGAAGGGAGGAAGUUGGGACCUGAAACUGGGCUUUUGUUUCCAAGACUGGACCAAUCCCGGGCUUGGCUAGUGAAAGCACACAGGACCUAGAAAUUUAGCUCUUAAACUGGCUUGUAAAAGAACAAAUUAUUGGGGCUGGAGAGAUGGCUCAGCGGUUAAGAGCACUGUUUUUGCAGAGAACCGGGGUUCGAGUCCCAGCACUGACAUGGCGGCUAUGAACCGUCCUUAACUCCAGUUCCAGGGGAAU